AUGAAAACAAUCAUUCAUAAUGCUGACGCGCCUCUUGCAGAAUUGAAUUUGGUGCCUUGCAAGAUUCAAUACACGGGUCCUUCGAAUACAAAAGACUACUUCUCCGCCUCAAAAAAGAAGGAAAAAUGGCAGGAUAAAGAAGUUGUGAUAGCCAAUUUUCGUGGGUUAAAAUUGAUCGGAGAAAAUAUUCAACUCGGUGACAAACUCGGUGUUGUUUGUAACACUUCAGAAAUUUCAAGAGAGAACAGCGAGGAGGGGAGCGUAGAGACUUUAAAAGAGUUGAAUCCAAUUGCAGUGUUUGAAAAGGUCAUUGUUUAUGGCCAUGACUCCUGUCCUUCCGAGAACAAUAAAUGGAAAAUGUUAAAUGAGUGGGAAGCCAUCGCUGAUGCUAUUAACGGGUGA